UUCUUAGAACAGUCGAUAAUACUCUGGAGGAUGAUGGCUCAGCGCUAUUUAUGGAUCUUGCUCCUUUGCCUGCAAACCUGUCUGGAAGCAGCUGAAAAAGACACAGACAUUCUCACUGUGAAUGGGAUUCUGGGGGAGUCAGUUAUUUUCCCUUUAAAGGUCUCAGAAUUACAGCAAGUUGAGAACAUUGCUUGGACGAAUUCCAAAACAUCUGUUGCUCUUGUAACACCAGUCCCAGGAAAAGCCCCCAUGGUUACUGUGACCCACCAAAAUUAUUAUCAACGAAUAAGUGCCCCACAUCAAAUCUACAGCCUGGAGAUCAGCAAUCUGAAGAUGGAAGAUGCAGGGAUCUACAAAGCUGACAUAAAUAUAAAUGUCUCUCAAAAGAUGAGCACCAUCACCAGGAGCUACAAUCUUCAAGUCUAUAGUAGGCUUGGGAAGCCGAAAAUUACUCAGAGUUUAGUGGCAUCUGUGAAUGAUACCUGUAAUGUCACACUAACAUGCUCUGUGGAGAAAGAAAGAGAAAAUGUGACAUACACUUGGAGUCCCCUGGGGAAACAGGGUAGUGUCCUCCAAAUCUCCCAGACUCCUAAAAACAAAACACUGACUUACACAUGUACAGCCUGGAACCCUGUCAGCAACAGUUCUGACUCUAUCUCUUCCCAGCAUCUCUGUGCAGAUAUCACAACUGGCUUCCAUAUUCACCAUCCUCGGCUGCUGAGUGUGCUCGUUUUGUUGUUUCUGCUUGUAUUCAUUCUAUUUCCAGUGCUUUUGUUCAUCUUGUGGAAGAGAAGAAAAGGUUCCUACGUGAAGACCUUCAGUAAGAAACCUGAUGCUGUCUCAAAGAACACAAUAUAUACAUAUGCCACCAUUCCAAGAGGUGCCCGACCAGCAGAGCCCAGAAUCUAUGAUGAAAUCUCCUCAUCCAAGGUGCUCUCCACGAAAGAGAAGCCAGUAGACCCAAUUUAUUCUAUAUUGCAGUAUUCUGAUAAGAUGGAACAAAGCACUCAGGACAGCAGACCUCCUGGGACUUCAACCUAUGAACGUGUGAUCUAGGCUGCCAAACAGCAUUCUGUCCAUGGAAACUAACGUACAACCAUAGAUAACGGCAGAUGUCCUAGACCCAGAUUUCCUCUGCCCAGAUCUUACCUGCAGAUUGCAAAUCAUCACAUCCCAACAUGAAAAACAGGAAACCCUCUUCUGUUGGACAUAGCUUGUGCUUAAAUAAACAGAUGGACAUGUGACCUUUUUGAAAUGCCUGCCUUCUGGAUGAAUGAUAAGCGAAGUCCCUUGGCAUAGUGCUUCCCACUCUUCUUUACAUCACAGCACAAGUUGAAAGUAUUUUUGUGGCACAAUGGGGUAAAGAACCAAGAUUGCGAGGUAUCACCUCACACCUGUCAGAAUGGCCACCAUCAACAAAUCAUCAAACAACAAGUAUGGGCGAGAGUGUGGAGAAAAGGGGACUCUAGUGCACUGCU